AAUAGCGAUUGAGUUUUUUUAUGACGUAACAAUACUAUUCUUGUUUGGCAAAAAGAAGAAAAAUAAAAAAAAUAAUACUAUACUCCUUUUUCCGUGGUAUGUAGUUUAAGGAAAGAUUUUUUUUCCGUUGCGUAAUAAAUGAAGUGAGAGGAUGAUCAAGGAAAAUAGAUGAGCAACAAUCGUUUUAAGGAAAGAUCCCUAAUCAGUUUGCGUCAAAACCAAAUUACCAACCCAAAGUUCAGAAAACCUCUCAAAUUCACCUCUCUGGCCGCACUGUCUCCGCUAUACAAUCACUCGCUUCCUGCCGGAGGUCAACCACGUACUCUACGCUCCCAACCUGUCGUCAACAUAACGAGCGAGAAGAUGCACGGCACAUUUUGGAAGUACGGGGCGCGCAAGUCAGAUCUGCAUCAGCACGAACAAAGACGCGCGCGGUUCGACGAUAUCUUCAACGCCGGGGUCGCUGUCGAACACCAUUCGGGAUUCAGGCCGACAGAUAUCUGAUCGCCUUGCACUACCAGCAGGCGAAGGUCGGCAAGAAAUUUGACUCAGAGGAAGAAGAUUCUGGGUCUUCUGGGAAAAGAAAGUUACGGGUCAAAAUAUCGAUUGAAGAAUGCAGGAAGAUUUCAAUAGCGUUUAAAACUCCUAUGCUAUCAAUAU